AUGGACGAAAAAUUAACUCUUACACACACUCAAUAUGUUCCCGAAUUUCCCAAGUUAUCAGGAAAAUUAUCUGAGACUUAUCUUAACUUAAUUGAAACAUAUUUUGAGGGACAUAUCGAGUCAGACUCAUCUAAAGUUAGGGCACUACUAUGUAGCUUACCAAUUGAGAUUGUAGACCAAGUUACGUCGAUAUGUUCUAAAGCACAGUUAAAAGACUUUAAUAUUGUUUUUGGUAAAUUAAAACUAAUAAUUCCAAGUGAGGACAUGAAUGUUAAUAUAAAAAACUUUAACUUAGCGGUACAGGGUGCCGAUGAGUCCUUCCAUACUAUUUAUUUUAGGAUUUCAAAACUUCAUAAAAAAUGCGAUUUUGAUAACGAUACGAGAAUGAUUGAGAAAUUAAUUUGUUCUUUAAAUGAUAAUAUCAGAAGGAAGUUAAAUAAACAUAAGCACGAAGGCUUAGAUAAGAUGAUGAAAUUAGGAGUUGAGUUAGAUGGCAGCAAUAUUAAGCCGGAGAUUAGCGAUACAAAUUAUAUAGAUAAAAACGAAAAUUUUAUAAAAAAUGAUUCUAAAACUUUCAAUAGUAAGGGGAAUCUUAAUAAUUUUAGGCCAAGUGAUAUAAAUAGCAGAAACUACCAAAACAGUAAUUUCCGAAAUAACGAGGGUCACUCUAGAAAUUUUAGUAAUAAUCAAUCUUCAAACAACUACAAUUCAAACAAUUUUGGUAGGAACAACGCUCGGCAAAAUUUUAACUAUAAUUCAAACAUUUUUGGUAGGAACAACGCUCGGCAAGAUUUUAACUAUAAUUCAAACAAUUACGGUAGGAACAACACUCGGCAAGAUUACAAUAACAAUUCAAACAAUUAUGGUAGAGGUACUUGGCAAAACAACAACAAUUCAAACUAUUACGGAAGAAACUCCAUGUGGCACAAUAACAAUAAUGCAAACAAUUAUGAUAGAAACAAUGCCUGGCAAAACAACAACAAUUCAAACUAUAACGGAAGAAACUUCAAGUGGCACGAUAAUAGCAAUUCAAACAAUUAUGAUAGAAAUAAUGCCUGGCAUAACAAUAAUAGAGAUGGUGGAAACAAUACAUGGAAAAACUAUAAUCUAAGAAAACAAAUACAAUAUCAUGAUCAGAGCCCAAAGUAA